UUUUUAAAAAGGUGGGCAACGGAGUGAAGAAUUUCAAAAUGCUAAUGGAGUGGAAGGAAGUAAACUAAGAACCAAAAAUGACAAGUUGGAAAAAACAGAUUAUACCGUUUAUUGAAGUGUCACUUCGAGCGCCGGCGGAUGUGAGCGUUUCGUCAUCACGACGCUAAUCGCAGCGGUGACUCGGGACAAAAGUCUGACGUAUAACUAAAAAAGGUAUAUCGUAGGCGUCCGUCUUGUAUAUUUUGUGAUGACUGCAGUAACUUUGGGAUAUUGAAGAAGAAGUCGUGCCCGAUACGAGUGACAUAGUUUCAACGCUCCGGCACACGGGAAAAUGAAUUGCCGGUUCAAUCUCUUCAUCGCCUUAGUGUUGGCCCUGUACUUGACCACCGCCAAUUCCACCAGUAUCUCUAUAGCUAAUAACGCUUAUUCAAAUAUAGUAGUGGCUAUUUCUCCCGACGUGCCCAACACCUGGUCCGAAACCAUCCUGAAAAACAUUCAAUUGAUGAUAAGAAGAGCAUCGAGUGUCCUGUACCGAGCUACCGAAAAGCGAGCUUACUUCAAAGAUGUUCGCAUCCUUGUUCCGGAAUCUUGGAGCAACAUCCGCGCUAAUCUCAGCACAUGGGAAACAUAUUCGGAGGCUGACGUACGAGUGGCACCACCCAGAUCGACUUAUGGCAACACGCCCUAUACCGUCCAAUCGGGCGGAUGUGGCCAACCGGGCGAGUACAUCCAUCUGACGCCGGACUACCUCCGCACGGCGACAGAUCCCAAUACAACGGCAACUUACGGGCAGCCUGAAAAGGUAUUUGUUCACGAGUGGUCUCACCUGCGCUAUGGCGUUUUCGACGAGUACGGUUACCAGGGCGACAAGAAAUAUCCGCUAUUCUACAAGGAGCCCAACGAUCAAGAAAUCCAGGUCAAUUUGUGCUCCGACACUCCUCCCAUCUUCACUACAAAGGACAUCAUUACUCAAGGCCCGUGCAAAAUCGAUCCGGCCACUGGUGUCUACGACAAUAAUUGCGCUUACCAACUCUCGCCGGCAUUCUUACCGGAUUCGUCGCUCAUGUCCGUUCACUCUCUCGAUUCGGUGGUGGAUUUCUGCAAAGAAGACCAGGCAUUGGGCCACGUCUUCGACGCACCGAACAAACACAACGCUAUGUGUGGAGGGGCCAGCACUUGGACGGUUAUCACUUUGCAUCCUGAUUUCGCCAUGAACAAUAAUCCGCCAAACGAUGUGGUCUUUAUAGAACCCAAUUUCCAGAUCGUCCGGUCAAGCGGCUCACGGUUCGUGCUCGUCUCAGACACUUCGGGCAGCAUGAACGAUUACAACCGGAUCGUCAGAUUGUACGAGUCUUCCCGCCGAUGGAUCAAGUACGACAUUUCCGACGGCAGUAAACUUGGCAUGGUCCAAUUCGCUAAUAAUGCUAGAAUCCUUAGCCCGAUCGUAGAGAUCAACGGUGACGCAAGUCGUGAAGCUCUCAUAGCUCGGUUACCCGUUACAGCGGUCGGCGGAACUUGCAUUGGGUGUGGCCUGCAAAAAGCAUUGGAUCUGCUGAGACCUGGUGGACCAGGUGGGGUUAUUCUACUUCUAACCGACGGAGAGGAAACAGAUAGGCCGUUCAUCAACGAUGUCAUUUCCGACGUGAUUAAAUCGGGUGCUCGAGUCGUUUCCAUCGCAUUCGGGAGGAAAGCGGAAGACAAAAUUGAAGAUUUAGCCACAAAAACGAACGGUAAAAGUUACUUCAUUGACGACAACGAUUCCAGCCAAGGUCUUAACGACGCUUUCAUCGGCUCACUCACUUACCAGCCGGCCGUCUCUGCCGAUCAGAUUGUUGUCCUGCUGUUUCAACGGCAGUACCAGAACGUGACUGAGACGAUCAAUGAAAAUUUCUCGGUCGACUCGACAGUCGGUCGCAAUUUCAUUUUCCGCAUUGAUUACACGCAAAAGAAUUACCUGAGAUCGUUCAGCUUGAAAUCGCCCAGCGGAACCGUCUACACCCAACUCGUCUACGACGACGUCGCCAAAGUGGCCAUGUUCAAACUGGCCGAAGCUGAAGUGGGAAAAUGGUAUUUUACUUUGACGGUGACCAGCUCCACCGUUGACGCUGCAGCCGUUCACGUCACUUCUCAGACGAGAUCAACAACGACGGCCCCCAUCACAACUGAAUGUUACGUCCCUGAUGGAAAUACGUCGAAUAAUACCGACACGAGUCGGGUGAGAAUCUUGGCCAAAGUGAUGCAAGGCGCCAAUCCCGUCGUUCGUGCUAAAGUCAAGGCGCGUGUUGAAAUGCCUUCCGGUCCGGCGGAAGUCAUCGAACUGUUGGACAAUGGAGCGUCGGCCGACACGACGUCCGACGACGGCAUCUACUCACGUUACUUUGUGUCAGCCACGACCCAGGGGCGUUACACCGUCGAAUGCGAAAUUUGGAGCGAUGGAUCGGCUUACGUCAACGUCGCAUCCUUCACCAAAUCGAAUCCUCGAACGAGAUCGACAACAUCCAGGAUGACCGGCUCGUUCACCCGAAUGGCCGACGGUGGUUCUUUCAAGAUGGCGCAAUCAGUUUCCAGCAGUGUGGACAAUUAUCCGCCCUCGAGAAUCACCGAUUUGUUCGUUGUAGACGUGCAAAAUAAUCCCGAAACGAACGUCACCAUCCAAUUUACAGCACCCGGAGAAGAUUUAGAUUUCGGAACAGCUUCGAGGUACGAAAUUCGUUACUCGCCGGUGUUCAACGACCUCCGCGCAGUUAAUUUCGGCUCGAAAACCGACAAUUCGACGCUGGUCCAGCAGGAGCACGUCCUGAACGGUUCCCUGCAGCCGCUGGAAUCCGGUUCCAUGCAAAUCAUCUCCUUCGUCAUGAAGGUGGAGAGUUCCAGCUCGGAGGCCAAGACUUACUACGUCGCCCUGAGAGCGCUGGAUCGGAGCGGCCAGGCCGGAACGGCGUCCAACAUCGUCUCCGCCCAAUUAUACCCAUCCGGCGACGGCCCGGCGUCGAGCUUGUCGACCAAAGCCAUUAUCGCCAUCGCCGUCGGAUCUCUGCUCGGCUGUCUUCUCAUUGCCGCCAUUGCCUACCUUAUCGCUCGGAAAAAAUACCUGUCCUACGACGAAGCCAAAACCCGGCCUUAGUUUGUCAUUUUUUUUUAUUAUUUUCUAAAUAUAUAUGAACUUUGUGUAAUUUAUGAAUUUAUCUUUUUGCAAUAAAAUUUUGAUGGUAUUUUUAAAAAA